AUGUCUACUCCCAAACACGCAUCCAUCUUCUCCCGUCUGUCCUCCAGCAGUGCCUCAGUCAGAUCCUCCUCGUCGACAGAACCGUCCAUCCCCAAGAGCUGCCGCGACGCUAUCCGUGCCCGCUACGCGAAGGACGGCAAGGGCCACGACUUCAACCUGACGUAUCCGUACGGCACCAACAUCAUCGCCAGCGGCGCCUCCUCGACGCACUCAUCCGAAGUUCCCCAAGGGUGCCGCGACUUCAAGCUUCGCUAUGCAAAGGACGGCAAAGGCCACGACUUUGCGCCCACCUACACAUACUCGCCUUCGCCGGCAGAUGACUCCUCUGUGAGCCUGGCUGCCUCUGAUGCAAUGCCCGCAGGCUGCAGGGACUACAACAAGAACAUGCGAUAUGCUUGGCACCAGGGCCGACAAGGCUCCUGA